AUGCUUUGUCAUUUUUUCGCGUUAGCUGAGACAACUAUCAAGGUACAGGAUGUCUUCCAAGCUUACCAGUCUCACCCGGCGAACUCGUUUGAAAGACCUAUCUACUACAGAGUUGUCCACGCGGAUUCCUGGAAUGCUGAAAGUGAUGAUAUCCAAUCGAAGUUGCAUCCGCCGCCAUCGUUCCAAACCCUGACUAUACAGCAGAUGCGUGGAUACGUUAAUAUGCAUGCAGUUCUAUCUAACCAUGUACCUACUCCGUUCAUCUCGGCAACAAUCGAUCUUGUUCGAGCCUUACAUAUUACAUUUUGCACCUAUAAAGAACGUACGAAAGUAACUAUUCUGCUUAUUUGUCCUUGGAGACUGGAACCAGGAAGUUUUAUGGCGUGCAACGAUCUAAGGACUAGGUGCGGCUUAGAGCCUAAGUCGAUUUACAAUACCGAAGUGAUAAUCUGGGGCCAAGUUCCAUCGAAGGCUAUUCUCCACCGGUGGGAUCGGGAACAUUUUUGCCGUAGCGGAUUAUUUGACGUGUUCCCGUGUAUCGCCGACUUAGAAGUCACAAUGCGACUCCAAGAUUUGCGAACGAAACUGAAGGACGACUACCCCCGAUUUUCCGCUAAGAAGAUAGCUAGUGCACUCGUGUGCCUAGGUAUGUCGCCUUCUGAGUUACACAUCAAACAAAUUUUCCUCUUUUUACUUGGCCAAGCUGUUGGAUAUGCCGUCCAGAAGAAUUUAGAUAAGACGGACGCGCAUCUUCGCACAUUGUUUCCACUUCAUAUUGAUGAGUUUGAGGACGCCAUCUUUCACCUAGCCACAUUACGUGGGAGACAGAGCAUUCUAUCGUACUUCAAGAAAGUAUAUGCUAAGGAUGUUCGACAACUUUGUCCCCAGACAGAUCCUUUUGGAAUCCUCACGAACCGCAAGUACCAGCGAAGGUGGAGAAAGUCAUGGUCCAUGAGAAUCAACGACAGAUUCUGUCCAAACUUUCGAUCGCGGUGGAUAUGCAGGGAAGAGUCAGACCUUAGCGAGCUGGAGAUGCAAGAGAUACUUGAUCAGGACGCACAUGGGCUGAGGGAAUGGCUUAUAAGCUGUCCUACUUGA